UCGGUCAAGCAGUAACUUAUUAUUAUAUAUAUUAAUUUCGCGGUGUCCUUGAGAUUGUCGUUUAAACACAAAAGUUUAGUCCUCAUAAUGCCAGCAACAGAAAAUUUUAACGACGAUGAACUCGUUGCGCCGAAAUGGUUAAAUAACGAUUUUCUAAAAGAAGUAAUACAGAGUUAUGAAAAAAAUAAAGACGUGAAGGUAACCAAUUUUAAACUUACUCCAGGCACUGUAAAAGGCGACCAUUUUGCCAGUGUCAUGUUCAGAGCUCAUGUGGAUUAUAAGCUUAGACAUUCACGAUAUUCAAAAUCAGUAAUUAUCAAAACAAUGCCUGAAGCUCAGGGGCUUAAAAAGGAAAUGCUGGAGAAUUCACAUAUCUUUGAAACUGAAAUAAAAAUGUACACAGAAAUCUUACCAAAAUUGGAGAGUGUUCUACGUUCUAUUGGAGAUGAUACAAAAAUUGGACCUAACUGUUUGUAUUAUAGUCUACAACCUAGAAAAUGCAUUGUUUUGGAAGAUCUGGUGCCACUUGGAUACACCGUACAAAGAGAUCGCGACCUCAAAAUGGACGAAAUAAAAGAAGUCAUGCGGAAAUUGGCAGUUUUCCAUGCAAUUAGUUACUAUUUAAAUAAAAAGGAACCACAAAUCUUUGAUAGCCUACAAUACGGUUUUAUGAAUGAUCCUUCAAUCGCUGAAAACAGUUUCUUGACAGAUGGUAUAAAAAUUUUCAUAGAAGUACUGAAUGAAGUGCCAACUCUGCGCAAAUAUAAGCCAUAUUUUCAAGUUUUUCAAAAAGAUGUCUUUCAAAAAUGUGGUCAAUCAUUUAAUGAGUUUCGAGAAAAUCCACAGAGUAACGGAAUAUAUGGACUUUGUCAUGGAGACUUUCAUUUUAAAAACUUAAUGUUCAGGAAUAACCCCAUUAACAAAAAACUUGAGGACAUACUCUUUCUAGAUUUUCAGAUUUCUUAUCUUGGACCAAUAGUAAAUGAUUUGUAUUAUUCUUUAUUUAUGAUGUGCUCUAGAGAGCAACGCUUACACCAUUUUGAUGAACUUCUCUAUCUGUACCAUAGUCAUUUCAAGUCAAUAUUAAAUAAAACUGAUUUUGACGGGGAGGUGCCUACAUUAAGAGAAAUUAGAGCAAUGUUUUUAAAACACAAACAUUACGAACUAUUUUUGCUGUCCAGCUUUUUAGCGAUGCGUUACGAAUUCCUUAGUAAAGAUAUAGACAUAGAAAAAAUUAUGCGAUCGAGGGAGUCUCGCAAAUCUUUGUAUAUGAAUAAAGAGUUCUUGGAUGAACUACAUCAAUUAUUACCAAAAUACUUACACAAUGGAUAUUUUGAGGAUUUGAUGUAAAUUAAAUAAAGUGCAAUUAAUGAUU